AUGUCAACGAACCCAGCCCACGUUGCUCACGCGCGUGGCGGCAGCGCACGACUCAUCCCGCCACAAGAGCUGAUCCGCAUCCGCAAGCUGUACCUCGAGAAGCGAUACAAGAACUGUAUUGCCGCCUGCGAUGAGCUCGUUCAAACCCCACCGUCAACGCCGGUCACACCCUCUUUCUUCACAAACACGCCUCUCGAACUUCACCCUGUACAUCGCAUGUUCCUCGUCUUUCACCAGGCGAUCAGCUAUGAGAGCAUGGGCCUUGCGGCACACAAAUACUCGCAGAACAAGUUGAGAUUUUUUGAGUCAGCCAAAGAGAGAUUCGAUGUCGCGCUAGAGGUGCUGCCACAACCGUUCGCUGGUGGCGAGAAUGGCUCUUAUGGAGAUGAUCAGGCCGGCUCCCCUAUUUCACAGAUCGAUCCCAAUGAUGAGUCAGGUUAUGGUAGCAACUCUUCAAAGCCGAACUCACCUCUCGAUGCUUCUGAUGUGUCUGAAGAUGAAGCAACUUCUCCUUUCCCCGACCGUUCGAUGGAUGAAGCUGGUGUGACAAAGCACGAGGAGACUCUAUCACUCACAGGACUGGGAGGAGACACAUCUUCAGACAUACCUCGCAUGCAAGUCUCUCAGCGCACAAGAGCAGUCUCCAUCGAGAGUCUCGCUUCUGACGCCUCCGGUCCUUCCUUCUCGCGGAUGUUCGCUAUUCCCGACUUCAGCAAGUACUCACCGCGACGAGACCGCGUCGAGCAAGACUCAGACCUGUCUGAUACCGGCAGCGAAACACCCAAAGCCAACAGAUCGGCCAACAUGCUGCCACGCAGCACGCCCGUGGUGCAAGUCGUGUAUGCGGACUCCGACUCGAGUGACGAUGAAGAUACAGAUAACCAAAAGCAAAUGGGGUGGCUACCGCGAUCUUCGCGCAGUCUCAAUCUCGCCGCUCAUGAGGUGAACAGCAGUGAUGAGGAAUCUGAUGACGCCGUAGGUACUCCCAGCAAGGCUCCGACGCCCUUGGCUCUCGCAACCCCAGUCAUUGCCGCCAUUGAUAGCUUGAGCAAGCCUGCAGCAGGCAAAGCGCAAGUGUUUCGUCUGAGUGCAAGCCUGUCAUCCAACCACAUGCUGUGUGAAGACCUGAUGCCGCCACCUCUCUUCAGCAAGUACAAGAAGGUGGCAAAGAUCCAAUCUGACGACCCUGCGGCCACCAGUAGAAGUCCUCGACCGUUACCUCGGAUGCCAUUCUCCUCCCAUAGCCAACUGAACCUCUUACCCGCACGCAAGACGGCAGUUCAGACACUCAUCUCCAAAUACGAGGGGACGAUACCUGGGCCCGACACCCCCUCUUCAUACACGACCGCGACUCCGCCACCCUCUACCCUGACGCAGACGACGUUGCACACGCCCAUCACGCCUCGCUUCAAGAUGAUUCACCACGCCUUUGACACAGCCGUGGCAGAAGACCACCUGGCAGCAUACCUUACUUCUCGCUCCCUAGCCAACUACAACGCGCAGCUUGCAGCAUUUCGCACCUGUCUCCUCACCGUCUCGGAACACGUUGGCGAGCUCCUUGUGGCGGCUGAGACUCUUCAGCGCCAGCACGAAGAAGAGAAGCGUCUUGCAGCACUGCGCGACGCCCCAGAUGGCCUUCCCACAAAUCGGCUCGCCAGCAUGUGGUUGCUGUCCACUCCCGGCAAACCCACAGGAGCCAACGGGUGGCAUGGUGGUGCCGGUCGGCGUCUUCAGGACUCGACUACUCUAUCGGCUUCACGGUCGCAACUGCUGGCUCGCUCAGAGUCGCUGCGUGGACGGAAGAAGUUACCUCUGCGGAACCGCGUGGAGGAGUCGGAGGAGAGGCGUGCGGAGCGGAUCAAGAAGCUGCGGGAUCAUGGGUUUCACGUGCGCAAGGAACGGUACGGGUGGAAGGGCGGCGAUUACUAUGAGGCAUUUAGACGGAAGGCAGAGAUCGAAUUGGUGGCUUGA